CUUCACUACAGCAAGCUCUUCAAGCAGCCCUAAGGUGGCCUCCCUUCACCGGAAUUGUCCCCAGCCUCAUGGUUUCUAUUGCUUCACUCUCGUCUAACUAAACAGACACUCACGCCGUUCCCAGGCCAGUGAACCCACCCAACAAGCAGGCUGUCUCUCCUCCCAAAAAUGCCUCCCCCACAAAAUGCUUCCGUAAUCACGAUACAGCCACUUGCCACCCUCUCUCCACCCUGUAGCUCCCGGACAUGGCAAUCUACGCCCCAUCCAACCCUCCCAGUCAUUGCGACCGCUUGCUCUGACCGGACUGUUCGCGUAUACAGUCUUACGUCCUUUACGCUACUCCACUCGAUCACCGGAGGCCACAAGCGGAGUAUACGGGCGGUGAGCUGGAAACCCGGGGUCAAAGGGCAAAGCGUUCUCGCAACAGGAAGCUUUGACGCUAGCGCAGGCAUCUGGAGGAGGGACGAGCGAGGCUUGGCGGAAGACACCCAGCGAGAGAGAGCCGGUGAUUGGGACGGCGACGAAGAGGGCGAAGAUGACGAUUACCAAUUCUCCUGCAUUCUUGACGGCCACGAAUCAGAAAUCAAGUCUCUCUCUUGGUCACCCUCCGGACAGUAUCUAGCGACAUGUUCACGCGACAAGUCGGUUUGGAUAUGGGAGGAACUGGAGGAUGACAAUUUUGAGACAAUCGCAGUGCUGCAGGAACACGAAGGUGAUGUCAAGUGCGUGGCAUGGCAUCCGGAGGAAGAUCUCCUAGCCAGUGCAAGUUACGAUGACACCGUGCGGUUAUACAAGGAGGACGCCGACGAUUGGGUACAGGUGGCCAUGAUAGACGGGCACAAGAAGACGGUGUGGUGGGUAGAGUUUGAGGGAAGUGAGAUGUCGGCAAGGGAUUUCCGUGCUCAUCGAGAGGGGCUGUCGGAACAGCGAGCACACCAUGUGGAACAAUUGGAGAGAUCCGGUCCGAGGCUUGCAACAAGCUCCGAUGAUUGCUCCGUGCGGAUAUGGCGUCGCAAGCCUCGAGAAGGCUCCGCACAGACUUCUUCGAGGUUAGGCAUGCCAAAUAUCAUACGGUCUGUGGCAAUUGACGAGGAGUGGUUUCAAGAAACGAUUCUUCCCCAGCAACAUGAGAGGGCCAUCUACUCAUUAUCGUGGAGUAGGAGGAGUGGAAUGAUUGCCAGUGCAGGCAGCGAUGGAAAGAUUUUGGUGUAUAAGGAGCGGUGGAAGAAUGUGAUGCCCAAUGGAGUCAAGGCAGAUGGUACAGUUGACCAUUCAGAUUCAGAUGCCAUGGAAGGGGUGGAAAACGCCUCAUUAACAGAAUGGGUGGUUGUGGCAGAGCUCUUCUCAGCUCACGACGUGUUCGAGAUCAAUCAUGUUUGUUGGGCGAAGAGAAGUGACAAAGGUCGACGGAGUGAGGAUGAGGAAGUCAUCGUUAGUACUGGCGAUGACGGAGAGGUCAAGGUGUGGGUCUUGGAAGAGAGGUAAUCGUGACGGCCACGGGAAGUUCUGAUCUGAAGGCUCCCCAUAAUCCCUAUUGAAAUACUUGAC